CAUCACUGACAACGCCGUCCUCCAAUAGGACCUUACGAGGGAAAAGUCGUAGCCCGUAGCGUUUAAUUCGUCCUGCUAAGAAGGUUUAAAAACUUAAAGCAGCUACAGCAAUGGAGAGGAACCGUGUCAAAAUGCCUGUCUGACAUUGAAAGAUAUAUAAGAUGCCCGGCUUAGUGUCAUGCGCCAGCGGUCUAAUAGUGAUUGGGAUCCUUACUCUCUCCUGCAUCCACAUAAACUCCGAGAUCUUGAGCAAUGAAGUUUCAGACGUACAGUUUGGCGCUCUGGGCUCCACCGUGACGCUGAGCUGCAGAGGCUCUCACCCAGGGUCUGUGGUGGUAUGGAAACACAACGGGAGCUCAGGGAGGGCAAGGCAGACUUCCUCCUUAGACGGCACUCUGACUCUCACCAACACCACACUCAGCAUGGAGGGUAACUACAGCUGUCACGAGCCCAGGGGCGGAGUCUUACUGCAGAGCAUCACACUACGGCUGGGCUAUGCCCCAGAAUAUGUGAGUGUUUCCUGUAAAUUGCCAAGUCACUUCAAAAUGAUGUGUACGUGGACACAACUAGUGAGGACACACUUACCCACCAAGUACAUCUCUUCCUACAGAGCGGAUAACGAGCCGUCAGAGCCCUGUGAGCAAGAGUCGAUGGAUGUGAACAAGUGCACCAUCAGCGACCCUAAGUUCUGGGCCAGCAAACACCUGGUGACCAUCACGGAAGUGAAUCCGCUCGGCUCCAGAUCCACCGUUGCUUAUGUGGAUGUCAACAAGAAUUUAAAGCCUGACGCUCCUGAGGAGCUGAUCUGCCAGCAAGUGAAUGGCGAGCCCACGCAGCUGUUCGUACGGUGGAAGCCGCCCGACUCGUGGCCCUCGGACGCAUCCGUCGCCUUUCCACUGAAGUUCGAGCUGCAGUACAAACCCGUCGGCUCCAAAUUCUGGUCCAAGAUGGAGACUGAGGACACAAGUUUGGUAAUCAUGGAUGCCCUGAUGGGUCACUUACACUACAUCAGAGUACGAGCCCAGGACGCUUUCAUUAACCACAGCCAGUGGAGUGAAUGGAGUCAGGUGGUGCAGGCCCAGCCCUGGAGCGACCCCUCCAUGAUACCCGAAGUCACCACAGAUCAUAUUUUCGAGAUAAUCUUCCCGUCCACGUUUCCGGUGAAGGCAACAGCGACUGCAGAUCCAUCAUUUGAAGAAAAUGGAAGUCAGGUCCUGAUCGUCCUUGGCCUGUUGGCAGCAGUAAUGGUGGUGGUCGUGUUUACUAUCACAGUCCUACUAUGUAUGAGAAACAGAAGGCGGGGCAAUGUGACAAAACAUGAAUUAACCUCAAUGGUGAAGAUGAAGUCCUUGCUAAUCUAAAAUGUUCAGGUUGGCCUCGUCUUUUUCAGCCCUCAUAGGGCUUCAUCAUAGGGAGUCAUGGCCACUGCCACUGCAGCGCUAAUGUCCGCACUACAAUACCCGGUUUCACUUUCCUCCUAUCGCUGCUUGGGGAAUUGGCUCCUUUCAGCGGAGUUCUGAGUCCCAUAAACUGUGAACCUUUCCAGCUCUACCCUUCUAAUGUAGCACAACUUAACACAGAACAGUUACUGGCUUUCAUUGUUUGACGCGCAAGGCAAAUUUUGCCAGCUUCAGACCAGGACAUUUUCAACUGAAUGGAUCUGCACUUAUCUGUCGCUUCAGUUUUUCCAUGCAGACUCAUGCCAUUUGGCUGCAGUGACACUUGGAACGCUGUGAAGAAAGAAAAUAUAAGCAGUCGUGGGCCAUGUUUUGGGCAUUAAGAAUAAAGUUGGCAUUCUCUACAUUUCAAUGCAAGGGACAGAGCUCCCGAAACCUGAACAUAGCUGCUACACACGGACGAGAGACAUUCUGCAGCCCGUCGAUUGGGGAAAGCCGAGGAGUUUGUAUUCUGUUCACAUUGAGAAGAAGAUUUCUGCCUCACUUCACUUCUUCAGCCUUUAAAGCCUUAUCGUUUUAAAGAAAGGAAAAAAAAAACAGGUCGGAGCAUCUGCAAAUAAUCACAGGCUUGAUUUGGACCCAAACUUGCCUCUUGAUGCAUAAUGACUUCAGUAAAAAUGAAUCUCUCAGUGUCGUAGGCAGGGCCAAUAAUAACCAUCCUCUAGACCUCUAAGGCAGUAAGUUGGCAUCCUACAGAUCACACAAAAAUAUUGGCGCUCUAAAUCGGUCUGGUUAAUUGUUUUUCUUACCUCAACAAUUAUAAAUGCUUUGGGAAAAGUGAAAAUGCGCUUUCACUGAGCGUUCAAACAGAAAGUGAACUUGGCCUUAUACUAACACACCCACUCAGGACAUAACCACAGCCAGAGCAGAACCAGCUUCUAGAGAGUCAGUGGACUGCGCUGUACUGUACAUUUCGCUAUUAUCCAUGGAAAUGUCUUAAGCUGGACGUCUGCUGAUGGUUUGCUUGGACGCUGAUUAGCAUUAGCAUGAACUAAGGCAGCAGGAUCAGUGUUUUCUAUCCCGUGUUCAUUACCUUUCAAGCUCCGGGACAAAUUUAGAUUCAAAUCUAUUUCAUGCAAAUUACUUCUGAUAUGGUCAACUGGCAAAUCAACUGGUACCAGUAGGUUUAGUGUGGAGCAGUGCUCUGGCUCAGGUUGGGUGUGUUGCCCUCUUCACAAAUUCAGUGUCCAUCUGCCUGUCUUUUUCAUUUAAUAACAGGAUAUAUCUCCGCCCUGGACAUAUCAGUACCCUGGGUGUCCGGGAUGAGAAAAGUUUGUUUGUUUGUUUGUUUGCUUUAUUACUAUAUUUUUUUUUUAUUCCUAGGAUGGAUGAGUAGGUUCAACAACCAAAAGAAAAAAAACUUAACUUCCUUGACCUUUUGACAAGUUUUCAUUUGGUACAAAUAUGUCAGCAUCCCACUGCCUGCUGCUCUACACACACCAGCCGAGGCGUGAUCUGGCGGUUGUUACUAGGCAGAUUAAAUAGUGCAAACGGGUGAGAGGUUAUCAUUUUUCAGAACCAGGAACAUGCAGGUAUGUGAAAACACUGCCGAGCCGAAAAAAAAAGCUAGCACAAUACAUGUAACAGCCUGCAGUUAACCACAUUAUGAGCUGUUAGUGUGAAGCCAGGGUCGGUCUAUUUAUCGACUAUAUCCAUCACACACACUUGUCCAUUAAUCCAGUUUAAUAUCCUGUGAAGGUGCUUUCCAGUUUCCAUUUAAAACACACACAAACACACACACACACACACACACACACACGUGUCUACUACUUUGGCCUGACUCCUUGUUUGCCUUAACACGGGCACACUGGCUUUAUUUGCACAGGAUGACAAAAAAUUUCACAGCAGUUCCCGACUGGUUCUUUCCCCACCAUGCCUUAAAAAAGACUUUCUGAAUUCAAGCUAAUGCAUAUUCCCGAUAUUGAUUCUGUAUCAAAGCUUAUCUUUACAGUUUUAUUAAUAUAGAUUUAGGUAUAUAAUUCUAUAAAAAAUCUCUAUCGAAUAUAUGGAUUUGUUUUUACCAUUUCCAGUGUCAUAAAGCUUAAACAGUGCAUGUGUGCUUUCUGUGUCGCUUCCUUUAUGUGUAUCCUCCAUAAGCACAAAUAUACUUACAGAUUUCACUGUACAGAUUCAAUAUUGUGAUGUUAUCAAAUGAAAUAUUUUCUAUGUAAAGUGUGUGUUUUAUUUCCUGUCAGGCAUCUUAUUUAACAUCACCCUUUGUAAGGCUUUAGAAGCGACAUGCAUGCAAUCUCCUGAGUAGUUUCCAAUGAAUUGUUUUAUGAUUGCUGGACAUUCCUGUGGAACACUGAAACACCACGGUGCAGAGACAUCAUCGGUUACGUCCAGGACAGCGGUGGCUCGGUGGUUAGUUAUUGAUAGGGAAAAUAGCGAGUUAAGGUCUGGUGUUUAGGAAUACUCUAAGUCUCCUUCACAUUUCCUCUGAUCAAUUCCCAGGUCAUGGGAUAAAGAACGUCUUUCGUUAGAGACACGUCAGCUCUGAGGAGAGAGUAUUUCUCUCAGUGAAGACGCUGUCUCACUCGUUUCUGUCUCAGUUGUAAGUCGCUUUGGAUAAAAACCUCAAGCAAAUGAGUAAAUGUAAAUACGCAGGUGCUUCCUACUAUGUUUAAGCAUGAGCUGUGAAUUCUUCAUCUCCACAAAAGAGAGACUGACAUGCAAAAUGGACACGCUUAAAGAAAGAAUGUUUUUGAAUACAAGACACACAACACAGCUUACAUGCUCUGUCCCAAUGACUGUUUUGUUGAGAAAAACUGAUCAUCAUAAUAUAAUCUCAUUCACCGAAUCGCCAAUUUUGUAGAAUAACGCGUUUAUUAGGUUUUGAUUAUGUGGAGCAUCCACCAGAUUAAUCCUUAUAGUAACAAGUGAGAGUCUUUAUAGAAACCUGAGAUUUGAAUUACAGACAGCAGAGCCGUCAGAGCUUUUAACACCCCAGCUUGUUUAGAAGCCGGUCUCAGCGUACAGUUCUGGGAUUUGAUCUCACAUUGUUCUGAUCCUUACCCACUGAGCCACCAUGUCCUGUGAGCUGAAUGAGAAGUCGGACGAUAAGCGGGAUGUUCGAUCAUUAACAUUAACUCUGUGUGUGUUGUCUGCAGUCCUACGCUCGACCACAGACUGUGCACACGGGACUUUAAAGUCACACUUCAAAUCACCGAGCUUGGCUUAGGCAGCAAAACAUUUGAGCGAGAAGCGAGAGAGUGAAAAGCGUGGAAAGGGAGCAAGGAUGUGUUAAUUUAGAUGGAAAGCAUUCGGCAUCUACAAUCUAGCCUGAUAGAAAAAUGAUGUUGAGCUGAACUUAUAGCUCUCUACAGGAAUGUGGAAAGAAAUCCUGUGUGUCUCUUUAGUUUAUGAAUUAAAUUAAUUUCAGGUGAGGAAUGAGGAGAUGCACUGAAUCAAAUCACUGUGUUAUCUACACAGUUAUAAGUUGGAUGGAUCUUAGACACCAGUUACAUUUCUGGCAUUCAGCAGAUGCCUUUAUCCAAAGACUAAAGACGCUUUUAUCUCAUUGAGCAAUUGAGGGAUGAAGGGCCUUGCUUAGGGGCCCAGCAAGUGGCAGCUUGGUGGAACUGGGAUUCGAACUCACAAUCUUCUGAUCAAUAGUCCAACACCUUCACCACUAAGUGACCACAUCCCCAGAUGAUGCAGUGGUUGGAUUCUGAAUCUUCACAUAUUAAUAAAGUUUAGUGAAUAAAAUAAUGAAUGCUUAAUGGAAAAUAAUAAUAAUAAUUCAAAUACAUACAUACAUAUAUAUAUAUAUAUAUAUUAUGUAUGUAUGUAUGUAUUUGAAUAUAUAUAUAUAUAUAUAUAUAUAUAUAUAUAUAUAAAUAAAAUCAUAAUCUCACCUUCCCAUCUAAGACCUUUUCAUCUGCUAUUCUAUUAAAUAUAGCAGUAGUAGCUCAGUGGUUUAGAUGUUGGACUACUGAUCAUAAGCACUGCCACUCAAGGUCCUUAAGUGCUCAGUUGUAUAAAUGUAAGUUGCUGCCAAAUACCGUAAAUAUAAAACCCACUCUGGUGUGCUAUUCAGCCUACAAGGUGGAAUCUGACACUGUGUGGUGUGUCUGGAUGCAGAGGGAAAACUCACACACAACGUAGCUGUUGCUCUGGAACAACAGAACCUCGACUCGUCUCUCGCUCUCCAAACACGGAUCAGGACGCUGAAGCCACACGCAUGUUUUGACUUGAUUUGAAGCGUGACUUUAGAUCUCCUUUUGGCGCCUGACACCGUUUCCGUUGGGGUUGGUGCUUCUCUGUCAAUCGAAAAACAUACAAAUUAAGUGACUCUAAACUGCGUCAAAUCAUUUCAGUUGGCCUCCUUACGGAAAGUGUCCCUUAGUGUUGUUACCUUCUAAUGUUCUGUCUUUAAGUGGUUUUAGUUUCGUGUUAUGGCCUGCUUUGUGUGUGAUGACAUGAUAAACUCUUUAAGCGGGGGUGGUGAAAACAAAGAUAACGAGAAAUGUAUGUAUAGUAUAUUCUGCUUUUUGUGUGUGUACAAUAUAAGCUGGUUUUAAUACUCUUUGGUUCAUAUUCUUGUGAAAUAAAAGUUAUUUUAUCACA